AUGGCUAGCAGUCAGUACGUCGAUGAGUUCGACGACGAUGGCUACGACGAUGAAUAUGAGGGCGAAGGCUACGGCGAGGAAGGCGAGAUGAGUGCCGAGGACCAGGCUGCAAUGACGAAGGGCACGGCAGAUGUUCGCAAAGCCUUGGGGAAAGACUCGAACAAGGUCACGUUGGCGGUGAUUCAAGACGCGUUAUGGCACUACUUCUACGACGUAGAGAAGUCUGUGGCAUAUUUGAGAAAGGAGUUCGUAAACCCACGAACUACCCAGCCAGCCUCUAAGCCUCCUCCACCCAAGAAGGUUCCGGAAGGGGGUCUCUUGGGCGGUGGCGAGGCAGGGAUGAGCAAGUUGCAAAAGCUUGCCGCAGCUAGGAAGAAGAAGCAAGACGAGAAGGGUGCCGCCGACAACACUGCUCAAGCCGAGAAAGAUCUGGGAAAACUAUCUCUGUCCGCAGCCCGCCAAGAGGAUGAAGUGCCGGUCAAUCCGCUCGCAAAGAGACAAAAGCUGUCAAAAGCCGCCGACGUGCAAGUCGGGGUUCCUGAGCAAGCCGAACUCGAAAAUGAAGAAGCCGAUUCUGAGCCUCCUCAAACCAUACCAUCGGUUGCUCAAGAAGAAUCGGUUGUGGAGCUACCCGAGCCUACGUCCGCACCUUCAGCAUUCGCACGCACCUUGCUUGGUCCUACCCAAUCGGCCCCCAGAGACCCUCCGAGAGACUUGUUUCCCAUACCAUACACCCUGUCCUCUCAAUACUCUGCGGACACCUUUUCCACACCUAGCCCCGACGACAUUGUGUUCGCUGCACAGUCGCAAGCGGGCAAAAAGGCCACAGCACAAGCAAAGGCCUCAGCCAAAAAGAAUGAGGGGGCACAGAAGUCCAGCGGCACAGAGCAGGCAGCUUCUGAUUUGUCAACCUUGAAGAUCAGCGAUGCACCUCCCCCAAAGACCAAAGGGCUCAACGUGGUGAAAGAGUUUGAGAAUAGCGCUAGCAAGCGUAGCGUUAGUUUUGUUGUCGUGGAACUCAAGUUUGUCGAGCAACGGACUAUUGAUAAAUACCGUCGACAGGGAGAGAAGAUUGGGAAACAGUCUUUUGCUCUGGCUUGGGUCAUGGACCAGAGAAGUGACGAACGCGAACGAGGAGUGACAAUCGACAUUGCGACCAACCACUUUGAGACGGACGUUACAAAGUUCACCAUUCUCGACGCACCAGGCCAUCAGGAUUUUGUGCCCAACAUGAUCGCCGGUGCAAGUCAGGCCGAUUUCGCUGUUUUAGUCAUCGAUGCCAAUACCGGUGCUUACGAGAAGGGGUUGAAAGGCCAGACAAGAGAACACGUGCUUCUUCUGCGCAGUCUGGGUGUCCAGCGACUUGUGGUGGCGAUCAACAAGCUUGACAUGGUGGACUGGUCUCAGGAACGAUUCAACGAAAUCCUCUAUGAGGUCACCGGCUUCCUCACAGGCCUAGGGUUUCAGGAAAAGCACGUCAGCUUCAUACCUAUCUCGGGGUUGAAUGGUGAUAAUACUGUGAAGCCCAUCGAGAACCCGGCGGCCGCGUGGUACAAGGGCACCACGCUGAUUGAAGCUUUGGAGGCGUCCGGGCCCUCAGCAGCUCGUGCUCUGCAGAAGCCCUUGAGAAUGGCGAUUUCAGAAAUCUUCCGGUCACAACAGGGCUCACAGGCCAUAGGUGGACGCAUAGAUACCGGUACGAUGCAAGUUGGCGAUGUCCUCGUGAUUCAGCCAAGUGGAGAAACUGCGCACAUCAAGUCCAUCUCUGUCGAUGGCGAGACAAGAGACUGGGCUGUCGCAGGCUACAACGUCAAUUUGUCGUUGACUGACAUUGACCCGGUUCAUAUGAAGGUUGGGGAUAUUCUAUGUCACCCACAGGAUGCCAUCGCCACAGGUGACUCCUUUAUGAUGAAGGCAAUGGCGUUUGAUCACUUGCUGCCAUCGCCAAUCGACCUGCAUCGUGGUCGCCUGCACGCGGCUGGGCAAAUACAGAGCAUCAUCGCGACACUGGAUAAAGCUACAGGCGAGGUGAUCAAAAAGAAGCCAAAGAUCGUGCAGCCAGGUGGUGUCGCGCGUGUUAAAAUAAAGCUUGAAACCAAGGUACCUCUCGAAGCUGGCCAGCGGGUCGUCAUUCGAAGUGGGGGAGAGACGAUUGCAGCUGGAUUGAUAGAGUCAUAG